AUGGCAUCCAAUUAUUGUUCCGAAGUUAUUCAAGAUUUUGAAAAUGCUCUUGAAGAUAGUGAAGACUACGAUGUAAUCAUCAAGGCUGGAGAAUAUGAUGUUAAGGAACUUCAAGCGCAUUCAUUUGUUCUUCGUGCUAGUAUUCCAAAUAAUCCUAAGGCAAGUAUUUAUAUACGGGAAUUGUAG